AUGGCGACAUUCAACGAACCUGCCGACCCCAUUGCGCAAGGCGUCUUGCCAACAGCGAAACAAUCAUGGUCCGACCUCUUCAAAUGGAAGCAGAGAGUAGUUGUCUACAGUGAGAGUGGCGAGACCUCAACGGAGUGGCAGGCUCCUCCCAAGCUCAGAAAUCCUUUCAGCUUGAUGGCUCAACUCACCGCGAUGAACUGGGUCUUCUUCCUUGUUGGUCUUGCCGCCUGGACUGCCGAUGCAUUCGAUUUCCAUGCUCUUUCUAUUCAGACUGUCAAGCUGGCAAAGUAUUACAAAGUCACCAAGACCGACAUCUCGGAAGCGAUCACUCUUACUCUGCUGUUGAGAUCUGUCGGAGCUGCCAUGUUCGGUUUCGCAGGUGACAAAUGGGGUCGUAAAUGGCCAAUGGUCGCCAACAUGAUCAUCUUGGGUCUCCUGCAGAUUGCGACCAUCUAUUCCAAGACGUUCAACCAGUUCCUGGCAGUUCGUAGUCUGUUCGGUCUCUUCAUGGGAGGAGUGUACGGAAAUGCCGUUGCAAUGGCUCUCGAGAACUGUCCCACUGAUGCCCGUGGUCUUAUGUCUGGUAUUCUGCAACAAGGUUAUUCCAUGGGUUACGUGUUCGCCGCUUGCGCCAAUUUGGGUGUCGGAGGUGCUGUCGAAACCUGGAAGACCGUUUUCUGGAUCGCUGCUGGUCUUUCUAUCGGCGUUGGUCUCAUCCGCUGCUGCUUCCCCGAGUCCAAGCAGUUCCUCGAGGCUAAGAAACGUGGCGACAAGAAGGCACCCGGAGCGUUCUGGCAAGAGACCAAGAUUAUGCUUGCUCAACAGUGGAAGAUGUGUAUAUACUGUAUCAUCCUGAUGACUUGGUUCAACUAUUACAGUCACUCGUCUCAAGACAGCUACACCACUUUCAUGCUUACUCAGAAGGGUCUGAAGAACGAUGGUGCUAGUCGCGCUUCCAUCCUGAUGAAGACCGGUGCCUGUGUCGGCGGUACAAUCAUCGGCUACCUCUCACAAUUCGUUGGUCGUCGUCGCGCUAUCAUCUGUGCUGCUUUGAUCAGCAUGUGUCUCAUUCCAGCCUGGAUCCUUCCCCAAGGUGAAGGUCCUCUCUCUGCUUCUGGUUUUAUGAUGCAAUUCUUCGUACAGGGCGCUUGGGGUGUCAUUCCCAUUCACCUCAACGAACUCGCACCUCCUGCUUUCCGUUCUUCUUUCCCUGGUAUUACCUACCAACUCGGCAACAUGAUUUCCUCGCCUUCUGCCCAGAUCAUCAACGCUAUCGCGGAAUCGAACUUCGUCAAGGGAGCUAACGGCAAAAGGGCAGAAGCCUAUGGACCGACCAUGGGCAUUGCGACUGCAAUCAUUGCGUUUGGCAUUGCGGUCACGACUGCGUUCGGACCUGAGAACAGAGGGAGAAGCUUUGAGAUUCCAGCCCAGAUUGAUAUGACGCACACCAAGGAUAUCGAAGAGGCAAGAGACAGCAUGGACAAGCACCCCGUUCACGAAGAGCACAUUGAGAGGACCGAGACCAGAUAG